UCUUCUUUAUCAUCACUGCGCAUGACGAAUUCCCAAACUAGCCUCUCCCUUCCUCAACGCUUUCAGUCUGCCCUCACAUUAUGCGCCUGCGUACUACUAUCUAGGGGCUCCAGAAUAGGGAGAAUCGGUGGGAGUUAGCAAGCUGUGUAAUGGCGGCCUCGGUGUUGCUGUCUGCGGAGAACACCGGACUUACUUUUGCGGUCGGUAAUUCUGGAACUGUAGGGGCUCCCGGGAAUGGAGUAGGGGUACCGGUUCCUGUACCUUGGAAUCGGUCACUGGACAGGGCAUUAGACGAAGCCUCGGCAACUGGUUGCCUCAACCUCAGCGGCAGGAAACUGAAGGAGUUCCCGAGGAGCGCCGCAAACCACGACCUUACAGACACAACUCGGGCCGACCUGUCCCGUAACCGUCUGCCAGAGCUGCCCGUGGAGGUGUGUAUGUUUGUCUCUUUGGAACACCUGCAGCUCUACCAGAACUGCCUGCGCUCGCUGCCUGAGAGUCUUCUUAAUCUCCAGGCCCUCACCUACCUGAACAUAAGUCGGAACCAGUUGUCGACCCUGCCCAGCCCGGUAUGCAGUCUGCCGUUGAAGGUCCUGAUCGCUUGUAACAACAAGCUGGUCUCCCUUCCCGAAGAGCUGGGCCAACUACGUCAGCUCACAGAACUGGACGUGAGUUGUAAUGAUAUCCAGACACUCCCUCCUCAGGUUGGUCGACUGGACUCGCUGCGAGACCUCAACAUCCGCCGCAACCACCUGGCCCGCUUGCCCCCAGAGCUGGCUGCGUUGCCAUUGGUGCGUCUGGACUUUUCUUGUAACAAGGUGACAUCCAUCCCUGUGUGUUACCGCAACCUGCGUCACCUACAGAGCAUCGUGCUGGACAACAACCCCCUACAGAACCCACCCGCACAGAUUUGUAUAAAGGGGAUGAUCCAUAUAUUUAAGUAUCUGAACAAUGAGGCCAGCAAGACUACACCUGAGCUCCCAGACUACGAUAGGAGACCCCUUGCCUUCGGAUCCUGUGUGGAGGAGCUGUACCCUGGCCGGCCGUACGGAGCGUUGGACUCUGGCUUCAACAGCGUGGACAGUGGAGACAAGAGAUGGUCAGGCAAUGAGCCCACGGAUGAGUUGUCGGACCUGCCACUGCGUGUGGCAGAGAUCACCAAAGAACAGAGACAGCGGAGGGAGAGGGAGGAGCACAGGAUGUCUGGCUCCCAUCCUGUUACCAACGGCACAUUAGAGGCAGAGCUGGAGCAGAUUGACUUUAUAGACAGUUGUACAGGAGAGGAGGAGGAGGCCCAGUUGUACAGGAGAGGAGGAGGAGAAGUAGCAGAAACAAUCAGCCUCAGUUCCCAGUUCAUGGCUUACAUUGAGCGCCGUGUCACCAGAGAGGGCUCUCCAGUCAAGUCCAACUCCUCCAGAGACUCGAGGACAGACGACCCCAGGCGACACAAUUCUCUGCAGAACCGGACUGCCCAUGAUCCAGACUCUUCUGCCUCUCAUAAUCAGAGAGGGUCAGGGGCUGGGGUUGGUGCGGGUCCGAGCGGGGCACCGGGUGGGGGCGUGGAGCGAGUGCGGAGGAUGGCCCAGUUGGCCGCCCUGCGGUACGAGGAGGAGAGGCAGAAGUCACGCUCAGUGCAGCGGGACGCUGUCAUGACCUACGUUAAGCACAAAGCAUCUCAAAGCCCUACCAAGCUGAGUCCCACAGAGAACGAGAACACGUACCCCUCCAGGCGUUCUACCCACACGGACGACUCGGCCCUCUUCAUGAGCGAGUCCCAGCCUCGCAUGGUGUUUGAGGUAGACACUGACACCAACACUAUAAAGAGGAGGCCUGGCACUCACAAGCAGUCUCUUUCCGGGUCUGGGAUGUCCAUAGAUAUCGUCCCCACAUGUCUACUGCAGCAGGGCGAGGAUCGCUGCUCCUCCCUGUCUCCCACGGCCCUCCAAUCACCUUCUUACCCCGGCCCUGUUGCCCCGCCCUCCUGCCAGGGGCCCGCCCAGCGGCCAGACAGCUACUUGUUUCGCCUCAGCCAGAAGGAAGAGCAGAGGAGAGGUGAUGGUGCCGCCCCCAGGCCAGAGCCUGAAGAGGUGACCCCUACCCAGCCUCAAGGCCCCAUGGGAGAGGAGGCUGCUCUGGUGGAGCAACUGCGGAAGAACAUAGAGUCGCGUCUGAAAGUGUCCUUGCCCAGCGACCUGGGAGCAGCACUGACCGACGGGGUCGUCCUCUGCCAUCUGGCUAAUCACGUGCGGCCGCGAUCCGUACCCAGCAUCCAUGUGCCCUCCCCUGCUGUGCCCAAACUGACGAUGGCCAAGUGUCGGCGGAACGUGGAGAACUUUCUGGAGGCGUGUCGCAGGAUCGGGGUUCCACAGGAGAGGCUGUGCACAGUGGAGGAGGUUCUGGAUGGCCGGGGAGGCUGUGUUUACGGGACGCUGGGGGUCCUGCUCUCCAUGGCUCCUCCCCCCCUCCUAAUGCCUUCUCCCCCGGCCCAGCUGGCAGGCUUCGCCCUCUUCUAUCUGUCCAUCAUGUCUGUACUGUGUGCCCUGUACUGCCACCUGGUGCCUCACCUCUGAACUGUCUGUCUGCACAACCCCUUUCUCACUUUACCAACUCGCUCUCCACCACUCGUACACACACAUGCUGGCUCACACACCACUCGUACACACACAUGCUGGCUCUCCACCACUCAUACACACACACAUGCUGGCUCUCCACCACUCAUACACACACACAUGCUCGCUCUCAACCACUCAUACACACACAUGCUGGCUCACACACCACUCGUACACACACAUGCUGGCUCUCCACCACUCGUACACACACAUGCUGGCUCUCCACCACUCAUACACACACAUGCUGGCUCUCCACCACUCAUACACACACAUGCUGGCUCUCCACCACUUAUACACACACAUGCUCGCUCACACACCACACAUACACACACACAUGCUGGCUCUCCACCACUAGUACACACACAUGCUGGCUCUCCACCACUCAAACACACACAUGCUGGCUCUCCACCACUCAAACACACAUGCUGGCUCUCCACCACUCGUACACACACAUGCUCGCUCACACACCACACAUACACACACAUGCUGGCUCUCCACCACUAGUACACACACAUGCUGGCUCACACACCACUCGUACACACACAUGCUGGCUCUCCACCACUCGUACACACACAUGCUGGCUCUCCACCACUCGUACACACACAUGCUGGCUCUCCACCACUCGUACACACACAUGCUGGCUCUCCACCACUCGUACACACACAUGCUGGCUCUCCACCACUCGUACACACACAUGCUGGCUCUCCACCACUCGUACACACACAUGCUGGCUCUCCACCACUCGUACACACACAUGCUGGCUCUCCACCACUCGUACACACACAUGCUGGCUCUCCACCACUCGUACACACACAUGCUGGCUCUCCACCACUCGUACACAUACACAUGCUGGCUCUCCACCACUCGUACACAUACACAUGCUGGCUCUCCACCACUCGUACACAUACACAUGCUGGCUCUCCACCACUCGUACACAUACACAUGCUGGCUCUCCACCCCUCGUACACACACAUGCUGGCUCUCCACCCCUCGUACACACACAUGCUGGCUCUCCACCCCUCGUACACACACAUGCUGGCUCUCCACCCCUCGUACACACACAUGCUGGCUCUCCACCCCUCGUACACACACAUGCUGGCUCUCCACCCCUCGUACACACACAUGCUGGCUCUCCACCCCUCGUACACACAUGCUGGCUCACACACCACUCGCACUCCUACGCGCUUCUCAUUUCAUAUUGCGCCGACUCCCAUCACCACAGCGGUAUCCAUUCAGACGCAGAACUCGACAAGGGAAAAACACAAGAAUGACAGUGGACCUCUCUGUCCCACUUUACCAUAACAAAGAGGAGCGCUCGCCACUGCCUGGUUUGCCAUCCACUGAAAAGGGAACAACUCCAUAUGCCAAAUACCAUAUAGUAGGUUUUAUCUUUUGUUGUUCCAGUUGUUUGUUGGGGAAGGUUACUUGUGUCCAAUCAAGGAGUGGCAAUGUGGACCUUCAAUGCUCCCUUGUUACCAAUCUGUCAUAUACUGGCACAACGAGACCCUGGAGGUUGCUGGGUUGUCAAUGAGCUGUCUGCUACUGGACCUACCUACUGAACCUCCUUCUGUGCCUUAAGUUUGUCCGCCUGCCGACGUGUGUGCGUGUGUUUUUUAGAUGGAACCUUCCCACCCGAAAGCCACUUCCAUUGCACAGAUAACAUCAAAGUCGGGGGGCUUGUCAUAUGUAGCCUCCGUGCUUCCUCCUCCCCGACUGCCCCUGAGAAGAACCAACCACGAGUAAUCUGACCAAUCAACGCCAAGCGCUUCCCUUCUCUCCUGACUCGAACAUGGCUUAGCCUUAGCUGCAAAGUCAGUCGGACGUUUUUGCCUAAUCAAGAAGAGAGCAGGUAGCCGAGGGUCAUUUGUAAGCCUUUGAGUCCUUGCUGACGCACAAUCAAGUAUCCUACAGGUACCUUUUUCUCCUUGACUGUCUGUGAUCGAGCCCCCCUCUGUCCUAACACUCAUUUUGUGGCUUCGGGGUGAUGUUACCCCUAGGUACAGAUCUAGGAUCAGCUUCCCCUUCCCCAAUCCUAACCUUAGUGGAACUGAAAUGCUCAAAUCAACCUACAUUUUACAUGUCGACAUUAGGUAACGUUGUUGAACAUGAUGUUAUGAAAAUACUUUUAAAGUAUAAGUAUACUUUUAAAGGUUUUAGAGCACCUAGCACAAGCUUGGAAAGAUGUGGCCACAGCCAUAUUGAAAAAACGUCAUGGGAAUUGGUAGAGCGUCCGCUGCCGAACUGUACGCAUGGCUUUUUGAUCAAGACUGAUUAUGAAGUGAAUAAACGAAAAGCUACAACUACCAAUUUGAGAUGGAACAACAAUAAAAUAUUAACAAUCAUGUUGACAAGCCUGUAUAGUCCUGUCAAAAAAUCCACUUGCAUACGUUUUUGAGCUCAGUCAGUUGUAGGCUACAUAAGUGAUUUUCACAUGGGCAGGGGGCUAGCUAAGAGCAAAAAGCUUAGCUAACCGCAUGGUAGUGCCCACAACAAUAGUCACUUUUGUAGGCACAUGGUGUACACAAUGCAUAAAACAGUAUUCAAUAUGGUUUGCAGUGAGGGACUUACGAUGUGCCAAACCUGAGCGAGGCUAGCUGGGCUAGAAACAGCUGACUAGUAAAACAAGUAUUCAGUUCAUGGAAGCUAACGUUAGCUACAGACAUGUAGGUUGUUAAAUGUCCAGCAUCUAGUAGUCAGACUUACCAUAUGAUGCUGCCAGUAUCCAUCAUAAAAUCCUGCACUGUCGCAAGCUGUUCUUAUAACAUCACUAGCUAGCUAACAAAAUAUUCAUCAAUGAUAGCUGAGCUUGGCGUGGUUUUGGUCUAGCUACCUAGCUAUGAUAGCCCAACUUGCACAGUGUAUAAAUAGAUUAUUUAACUACGCAAGUCCGUUAAGAACAAGUUCUUAUUUACAAUGACUGCCUACCAAGAGGCAAAAGACAUCCUGUGAGAACGGGGGAUUCAAAAUAAUAAUGUAGAACAAAACACACAUCACGACGAAAGAGACAACCACACAACAUGGCAGAAACACAUGACAGCACAACAUAGUAACAACACAUCAUGACAACAUCCCCCCAUGGUACCUGCACAAACACGGUAGACAACAAUGCAUCAUGUUAAGCAACCACAAGUGUCAGUAAGAGUGUCCAUGAUUGAGUCUUUGAAUGAAGAGAUUGAGAUAAAACUGUCCAGUUUGAGUGUUUGUUGCAGCUCGUUCCAGUCGCUAGCUGCAGCGAACUGAAAAGAUGAGCGACCCAGGGAUGUAUGUGCUUUGGGGACCUUUAACAGAAUGGGUGUUGUACGUGGAGGAUGAGGGCUGCAGUAGAUAUCUCAGAUUGGAGGGAGUGAGGCCUGAGAAGGUUUAAUAAAUAAGAAUCAACCAGUGGGUCUUGCGACAGGUAUACAGAGAUGACCAGUUUACAGAGGAGUAUAGAGUGCAGGGAUGUGUCCAACUCUAGAUUUGACCUUAGCCUGCAGCUUGGAUAUGUGCUGAGAGAAUGACAGUGUACUGUCUAGCCAUACUCCCAAGUACAAUUGUUCAAACCAUGUUAUCUGGCUAAUUUCUAACCGGAUAGCCUUCUAAGAGGCACUUAUUUUCUUCAAAUUUUUCUUGUCAAAAUGAAAACAUUUUUAUGCAUUGUAAUCUAGGAUGCCUGUCAGACAACAUUCGAGUGAUGUCAUUGAUAACACGUUAUGAAGAUGGCGGCACGCAGUAGUCAAUGAGGCAUUUUUUUUUGUUUUUUUUGUUACUGGUUUAAGGGUUUGAACUUGCUUCUUUAUCCCUUUUAACUUACUACAAUGUUUCACUUUGUCUUGAACCUUUAUUAGGUCAAAUGCUAAACUGACCCAAGAUCAGUGUCUAGGGGCAACGUCACUCUACCCCCAUUUUGUGUCUCUGUGGUGUGUGAUGAAUGGGGUUAACACUAGCCUGGUUCCAGAUCUGUUUGUGCGGUAAGAUGCCACAAACACACCUGGGACCAGUCUAUGUAGGCACAAGCUGUGGUAACAAUCAGCCCCAGGAUAUGGCAGGACUACAGUGCCUUCCCAAAGUUUUCACACCCCUUGACUUUUUCCACAUUUUGUCACAAAGUGGGAUUAAAAUGGCUUUAAUUGUAUUUUUUUGUCUACGAUCUACACAAAAUACACUGUCAAAGUGGGAGAACAAAAAUCUGACAAAUAAAACCCUAAUACAGUGCAUUCGGAAAGUAUUCAGACCCCUUGGCUGUUUCCAGGUGUUACGUCCAGCCUUAUUCUAAAAAUUAUGACAUUUAUUUUUUUCUCAUCAAUCUACACACAAUACCCUAUAAUGACAAAGUGAAAACCGUUUUGUAGAAAUUUUUGUAACAAUUUUUUUUUACAUAAACCUUAUUUAUGUAAGUAUUCAUUACCUGAGUUUAGGUGCAUCCUGUUUCCAUGGAUCAUCUUUUAGAUGUUUCUACAACUUGAUUGGAGUCCACCUGUGGUAAAUUCAAUUGAUUGGACAUUAUUUGGAAAGGCACACGCCUGUCUAUAUUAAGGUCCCACAGUUGACAGUGCAUAUCAGAGCAAAAACAAAGUCAUGAGGUCGAAGGAAUUGUCCAUAGAGCUCCGAGACAGGAUUGUGUCGAGGCACAGAUCUGGGAAAGGGACAAGUCUCUGAAUGUCCUUGAGUGGCCCAGCCAGAGCAUAGACUUGAACCCGAUCGAACAUCUCUGGAGAGACCUGAAAAUAGCUGUGUAGAGACGCUCCCCAUCUAACCUGACAGAGCUUGAGAGGAUAUGCAGAGAGGAAUGGGGAGAAACUCCCCAAAUACAGAUGUGCCAAGCUUUUAGCAUCAUAUCAAAGAAGACUCAAAGAAGAUGGUUCUUCAAAGAAGAUGAGGUAGUAAUUCAAAAAUCAUGUUAAACACUAUUAUUGCACAUAGAUUGAGUCUCUGUGACUUGUUCAGUACAUUUUUCCUCCUGAACUUAUUUAGGUGCCAUAACAACGGGGUUGAAUACUUGCUUAUUGAUUUCAGCGUUUCAUUUUUAAUUAAAAACAUAAUUCCACUGUAACAUUGUGGGGUAUUGUGUGUGUUCCAGUGGGGGAAAAAUGUUAUCCAUUUUACAUUCUGGCGGUAACACAACAAAAUGUGGAAAAGGUCAAGGGGUGUGAAUACUUUCUGAAGGCACUGUAUUUAGCAAUGAGUGCUCUUACACCGUUCUAUACAAAGACGAAGCACAUAUUUUGUGAGACAGAGCGAGUUAAUCUAUUUUGUUCCAAAUGGGACCCUAUUCUUUAUAGUGCAAUACUUUUAAUCAGAUUCCUAUGUGUCCCCUGGUUAAAAGUAGUGCACUCAAUAGGGAAUAGGGUGACAUUCGGGGGACACAGGCUGUGUGUGUAGUUUGUUGUUGGUCUAUGCUGAAUGACAAGGAGUAAUGUCUCCUCUGGCUCUGAAGAGCGGUGUGAAUGUUCUCUGUCAGUGGUCUGUUUGCUUCCAGUGUGUGUAACAACGUGCCUAUCUCUCCUGUUGUUGACCUUUCAACUCUUUCCCAGAGCUCCUCCUUUCACAAUAAAAUGAACCAAAUAUUUGGUGUGACUUCCUUCCUCUGUCUUCUCUCCUCGCUACUUCUGCUUGUCUUCAGCUUGUUCUCUCUCUCCUGUGGGAUAUGUUGUUCAGUGGGUGUCUCAGUGCACAAGUCCCUACUUAUUGUAACCCUGUGCCUGUGUUUGCACACCUGCUCCCUGCUCCGCUUCCCUGCUCCGCUUCCCUGCUUCGCUUCCCUGCUCUCCUCAAGGUCAUGCCGUUUGGAUCCCGUUCACCUCCUUUUCCAUCUUAUGUUGAGUUUCUUUCCAUUUGUGUUGAUUUCUGUUAUCUUUUGGUAGUUUUUGUUAUUAUUUGCCCAUCCAUUGACACCCUUUUUUGUUCUCCCGUUUUCCCUCCUCCCUUUGUCGUCUGUGUGCGUGUGCUCUUCAUCUGGCCUUAGACCCAGCUGUGCCUGCCCCUCCACAUCCUGGAGGAGAGAGGGCUCCCCCUGGUGGCCGGGACGGUGCGUGCACUCCUGGAGCUGGCCCCGCCCAAAUACACAACCUCCCCUGCCACCACCACUAACCCUCUGGCCAUGUAGGGCAGCAGAGUUCCACACUCACUCAUGGAUGGACAGACACAGGACCCACCCUCUCGCUCUCCGAAUGUACAUUAUAUGGCUUUCCCUCUCGACCCCCCGCCCCCUCAACCAUACAGGGUCACCCAGCCUUCCCAGACAGGUCUUCCCCAAUGAAGAGAGAUGAGGGAGCACGAGUAUGUCAAAGAAAGGGAUGACUGUCUCUUCCACUGUGCCCUCACACAGACUGCUUACGACUUGCAGCCUCUAAAGACUGACGGACGAACAGAUGAACAACUGAGAUUGUCCCAGACAAACGGUCAGUUGGACGGCGAGUAAGAGGGUUUUUUAUUUUCUAUUACUAGUCAUUCUCUCUCCAUCCUCCUCUUAUCUAUGUUCAGUAGGGGUUGUUUUAUUUUCUAUUAUUAUUUCAUCUUAUUUUUCAUAUUCCUUUUACUUUCACAUGUUAGAUCCUUGCAUGUCAGAGGGGUUGGGUGGGUGUAUGGGGAAGGGUUAGGAGACUAGCAAGUUGUCGGUUGCCUAAGUAACCUUUAAGGUCAUGUGCUACAAAGAGCAACAAUAACGGUGGUGGUCUGUCGUCAUGGGAACAUUGAUGCUGCCAACACUUAAAAUGGCUGUUAUUAAAUGAACUUGUCUUUUUUUUUUUUAUGUGGUCAAAUCACGAGCUGGCUGAAUCAAAACCAAUGCUGGAUUAGAGAGGGAGAGGGCGCUCCAGGAAUCUCUACGCUUUAUACUUUCUCAAAAUGAGUACAAAACAUUACGAACACCUUCCUAAUAUUCAGUUGCACCCCUUUUUGCCCUCAGAAUAGCCUCAAUUCGUCAGGGCCUGGACUCGACAAGGUGUCGAAAGCAUUCUACAGGGAUGCUGGCCCAUGUUGACUCCAAUGCUUCCCACAGUUGUCAAGUUGGCUGGAUGUCCUUUGGGUGGUGAACCAUUCUUGAUAUACACUGGAAACUGUAGAGUGUAAAAAACCUAGCAUAGUUACAGUUCUUGACAUAAACCGGUGAGCCUGGCACCUACUACCAUACCCCGUUCAAAGGCACUUAAAUAUCUUCUUGCCUAUUCACCCUCUGAAUGGCACACAUACACAAUCCAUGUCUCAAUUGUCUUAAAACUCGUUCUUUAACCUGUCUCCUCGCCUUCAUCUACACUGAUUGAAGUGGAUUUAAUAAAGGAUCAGCUUUCACCUGGUCAGUUGGUCAUGGAAAAAGCAGGUUUUCUUAAUGUUUUGUACCCUCAGGGUCAUUAUACAGAAGUGGUGUAAACUGGGACAAAAAAAUAAAUCACAUUUGUAUCCUAUUUUCCCCCAACUUUCAGCACACGUCUUCCAACAUAUUUCAGGUAGACAUAUAUAUACUACUCACACACUUUGUUUGUAUUGCAUAUUUUAAAUAUUUAUCUGAAUUUACCUUACACCCUCCCUCCCAAAAAAAGUGUUAUUCCGAAACAUAGUGAAAAAGUUGCAAUAGAGGAAGAACCAUGCACAAUAGUGAUCAUUUUGAUUAACCUUCUAUUAUAGAUUCAUUGGAGAAAUCAUUUGCAAACAAAAUUUACAAAAUAACAGGCGUUUCGGUGGCAAGGUUGUCAAUCAUAGACAUAAAUGGAGGACUCCGAAAGAUAUAACUUGUUUCAGUAUAGACAUUGCCAUAGAGGGCUUCCACUAAUUUAAAAGUAGUCAACUGUGUGGGGAUUCCAAUGGGUUUGGAAGUGAUCAGCCAAUGAUCAGAGGGCUUCCUCAAAUUGGGUUGCCUAUUGUUUGUAAACACACGAGUAAGGUAAUAUCCAGAAGCCAAGGCCAAGAUUUAUACCAGGACUUUGGUCCCAAGAUCCAGACCCAGUGAGUUGAGACCAUGACAAGUUAACGACCGAAUGUGGUCUUGAGGGGUGAAUCAGUCAGGCUUUCAAUUUACUCCUAAAUGUUGUAUAAUGCACAAUUUUUGAGUGGACACAUGGUGGUCCUCUGUAGCUCAGUUGGUAGAUCAUGGCGCAUGCAACUGUAAAUGAAGAUGGCCUCAAUGGCACUGCCGGUGCUGUCACAGACGCCAUAAUGGCAUAGAGUCAAAGAUGAAACCUCUAUCUCUCCAUGGUGUCAAUUGUUUCGGUUGUGACUUUUUCAGUUUGACUUAUUUUGAACAUCAAAUGAGGUUGGUGGCGCCUUAAUUUGGGAGGACAGGCUUGUUGUAAUGGCUGGAGCGGAAUGCAUGGAAUGGUAUGAAACACAUGAUUUGUUGCCAUUCCAUUUGCUCCGUUCCAGCCAUUAUUAUGAGCCGUCCUCCCCUCAGCAGCCUCCACUGGCUAACAUAUUGCUAGCUAUCUUUAAUUUCCACAGCAUUAUUCUAAAACGUACAAUAUUUUUUUCACCUCAUCAAUCUACACACAAUACCCCAUAUUAACCAAGAGGAAGCAGUUUUUUAAAUUAAAUAUUUUAUUUACAUAACUUUUCAGAUCUUUUGCUAUGAGACUCGAAAUUGAGCUCAGGUGCAUCCUGUUUCCAUUGAUCAUCCUUGAGAUGUUUCUACAACUUGAUUGGACAUGAUUUGGAAAGGCACACACCUGUCUAUAUAAGGUCCCACAGUUGACAGUGCAUGUUAAAGCAAAAACCAAACCAUGAGGUCGAAGAAAUUGUCCGUAGAGCUCCGAGACAGGAUUGUGUUGACUCACAGAUCUGGGGAAGAGUACCAAAAAAUGUCUGCAGCAAUGAAGGUCCCUAAGAACAUAGUGGCCUCCAUUAUUCUUAAGGGAGGUGACCAAGAACCCGAUGGUCAUUCUGACAGGGCUCCUGAGUUCCUCUGCGGAGAUGGUUGUCCUUCUGAAAAGCUCUCCCAUCUCUGCAGCUCUCCACUAAUCAGGCCUUUAUGGUAGAGUGGCCAGACGUAAGCCAUUCCUCAGUAAAAGGCACAUGACAGCCCACUGAGUUUCCCGAAAUGCACCCAAAGGAUUCUCAGACCAUGAGAAACAAGAUUCUCUGCUCUGAUGAAACCAAGAUUGAACUCUUUAGUCUGAAUACCAAGCGUCACAUCUGGAGGAAACCUGGCACCAUCCCUACGGUGAAGCAUGGUGGUGGCAGCAUCAUGCUGUGGGUCUGUUUUUCAGUGGCAGGGACUGGGAGACUAGUCAGGAUCGAGGGAAAGAUGAACAGAGCAAAGUACAGAGAUCCUUGAUGAAAACCUGCUCCAGAGUGCUCAGGACCUCAGACUGGGGCCAAGGUUCACCUUCCAACAAGACAAUGACCCUAAGCACACAGCCAAGACAACGCAGGACUGCUUCAGGACACGUCUCUGAAUGUCCUUGAGGUGCCCAGCCAGAGCCCGGAAUCUCUGGAGAGACUUGAAAAUAGCUGUGCAGCGGCGCUCCCCAUCCAACCUGACAGGAUCUGCAGAGAAGAAUGGGAGAAACUCCCCAAAUACAUGUGUGCCAAGCUUGUAGAGUCAAGGUUGUAAUCGUGCUUCAACAAAGUACGAAAUAGAGGGCCUGAAUACUUAUGUAAAUGUGAUAUUUCCAUUUUUUUUUUUAAAUUUUUAUACAUGUGCAAAAAAAAAAAUAUAUAUAUAUAAAUAUAUUUGCUUCAUCAUUAUAGGGUAUUGUGAUGAGGGGAAAAAACAAUUGAAUACAUUUUAGAAUAAGCUGUAACAUAACAUAAUGUGGAAAAAGUCAAGGGGUCUGAAUACUUUCCGAAUGCACUGUAUGUACAUCCCAAAAGAGAACUUUACACAUUUCUUGAUAUAGGAGAUGUUCGGUACUGACACUAUUUAAAAAUAGAUGAAGAUUUACCAACUCAAAAAUUUGAUCUGAAAUGUUUCCAGAUAGACUACUCACCAUGUGGUCAUGCUGGAGAGGGGUGCAAUCCCAUCACCUGGUGAUAUUUGUAGGAGUUGCUUAAGGCACAGUCUUUUAUUGUGUAUGUAUAGUUAGUGACGUCAAUGUGGGACUAGAUUUUUUUUUUUUGAAAGAUGUUUAAAAAUCAACUGCGAAUUAGAUCAGUAUCUUUCAAAAUAAUAAUAAAACACCUCUCAAUAGAAAUAAGUGUAUAAACAAUUACUUUUUACUAUAUUAAUUUAACAAUAUAUUUGGUAUUGCCUUGGAUUGAAUUAGAACAUAUCGUGAUGUAUAUAGAUGUCCUAAGUUUGGAGACUUAACUUUUUAAAAUAUAUAUAUAUAUAUAUAUAUAUAUUAUAUAUAUAUUUUAAAAAGUUAAGUCACCAAACUAUAUAUAUAUAGUUUUUUUCGGUGUGGGAUUGCAAUUUGCACCACUUGUGUAGAAUCACCCAUGUAUAAAGCUGUAAUUCAUGUGUUUUUCCACAAGGAGUUGUGUUCUCGUGUAGCUACAUGGAUUGGACGAUGUCCCUAAGCGCUGGGCCAGGGAAGUAAAAUAAUAAGUACUAUAAGAUAGAAAACAGGCCUCUUAAAGGGUUAGUGUUACGAGUGGGAUUGGUUCAAGCUGAUCCUCGACCAGUGUUUCCAGGCAACUUCUUCCUUGAGCACAGCUCAGUCAAGUCUCUAAUCAAAGGCGUGUGUAUGGGCAGGUUGACUGACAGCAUGACAUCAAGGCCUGCAACUUUGCAUUAGUAUCUGUGCUUUUAUCUUGCAGUAACGGUUAUUUCUUAUUGUAGUCCACUACUGACGAGCUGUUGGGGCUGGCCAGGUUCUGGGGCUAAACAUACACUACCUUUUUUAUUCUCUACGAACCACCUCAUCACUUUCACAGUUGAGUUCAACAUAGAGUUGAGACCGUAGACAAGCAGUAGUGAAUAUGACAUAGUGUCUCCCUCAUGCACAGAACUCAUCUUUUAUCACUACAUGUUGCUAAGCUUGUAUGACAUUCAAAUGGAUCUACAGAUUGAACUAUUGAUAGUGUUCAAGACACCUUUCCAAUUCUCAUGAUCAAGUUGUUUUUGGUGAAUUGUUCAACCACACCUUAUAGACACAAUGUGGCUCUUGCUACACACAGGUGUGCAUAUUGCUAAUUUGGUCUGGCAGCAGUUACAGUAAUCUGCCAGACCGGAACAGUAUUUAUUUGUCACUAGCGCUGUCCUUAGUGAAACCCCAUUGAGAAGGCCAUGUUCAUUAGGCACCAAACAGAAGAAAACACACUGAAACAGGAAUUACCUGUACUUGUCCAAUAAGAAACAUUGCAGUUCAGUUGCAUGCCCUAAUGAACAUGGCCCAGCUCUACUUAGAGCAGUGUUACCCACAGAAAGUCAGGUUAACGGACUGACUCUUAGUUCUGAGGCAGACACGACCUCUCGUUCCCAGGGAGGGGGAUGAGGGAGUGCUAGCCACAGAGCUGGCAAUAAUACUCUGGUGAAGACUGACCUGAGGACCACUGAUUGAUGGGAUCUUGUAGGCAGAUUCCCAGCCUCCCUUCUCAGAACUCUAUCUAAAAGAAAGUUAAAAUGGUAAAAACAUACCUCUGAUAUAUAUUUUUCCCUUCAAAAGCUAUGUAGGCUGCGUACUUAGAUGCACAUCCCUAUAGUAAAGGCUACGUAGGCUGCCUACUUAGAUACACAUCCCUACAGUAAAGGCUACGUAGGCUGCCUACUUAGAUGUACAUCCCUAUAGUGAAAGCUACGUAGGCUGCCUACUUAGAUGCACAUCCCUAUAGUAAAGGCUACGUAGGCUGCCUACUUAGAUGUACAUCCCUAUAGUAAAAGCUAUGUAGGCUGCCUACUUAGAUGCACAUCCCUACAGUAAAAGCGAUGUAAACUGGGAAUCUGCCUACGUAGAUUCUGAAGUGAAAAAAUAUAUCAGAGGUAUGUUUUUACCAUUUUAACUUUGUUUUAGAUAGACUCAGAGUUCUCAAAAGGGAAGUUAAAGGUAAUUAUAAAUGUUUUGUUUUGAUAUUUUCACCCUUACUGACUUGGGCUUUCUCUAGCAGGAAUCAUGUGCCCCUACUGCUGGGUCUGGACCCUGUGACAUAUGUACAGUAAAAUAGAUACAUUCCAUGUGUUUACAAGUAGGUACCACAUAAAGAGAGGACCUUCUUUCAUGACCGCAACAUGGGUCUUUUUAACUUUACAUUUUUACACCGUUUGCUGAGAAAUUGUCCCUGAAAACAUGUACAAAAUUGAACUAUUAUUUUCUGGCAUUAAUAAAAGUGACCCAUAUCA